AUCUCACUGGAAAAUGAAGCAGCUAGAUCUUUUUCAUAUUGCUUUUCAUUCUGGUAAGGAUAAGUAAAGUUAAUUUCAGUUCAGAAUUGUACUUAAAAUUACAAAAACAAAAUAAAACCGCUGCGUUCCACUCGAAGAUGUGAUUUCGCAGCUUUUUGCGGAACUCCUGAACGCACCAGUGUGCAGAUGUGCGGAUUUGGAGAAGUUUUAAAAACUCCUGAGAAUGCCCUGACCGUGAAGGAGUCGUCGGUUCGCUCCGCACUGAUUUUGUUUAUUACAAAUUAGAUGUCCACGAGUGUCUGCGGCGUCUUCAAACCUCCGGCAGGAUGGAGGCGUGUAUGAUGAAACCAGAAGUCAAGAAGAAACCAAAGUCGCCCAAACCUCCUCCAAAGCCCACAGAGAUAAAAAGAAAUGAACCACAGAGACCUGAGAAACCCCCUCCUGCUGUUCCUCAGAGACCGACAGAUUCUGAACUGAGUCACACACAAUACAGACUGAAAAAAGUCACAGCAGCAUACAAUGGGAACGAUGGAAAUGUGAAGCAACGACAGACAAAAGAUAAACCACCUGAGAUGCCCGUGGUCCCACCCAGACCCACAGAGAAGGAACUGAACGCCCCAACCAGAUACAGCCAACGCAGGCCGAGCGCACAGACCAAGGUCACAGAGAGUGCCAAAGAAACUGAGCAACUUGAAGCUGCUGCAGUUCCCAAAGAUGAUGCAGACUUCAAACAGGGUUACAUGACGAAUGGAGAGGAAAAGACUGAUGACGUCCCAGUCAAACAGGCUCCCGACAGCAAACCGGCCAGCAGAAAGCAGAGUCCAGAUUCUAGCGCAGAGGAAGUGGCCUCAGAAAACCAACAAUCUGUAGAGAAAAUCAAGCAAGAAAAAACCGCAGAAUCCAAACAGGUCAGUAAAGCCGUCAGUGAUGCUGAAGAAGAGGCGAAAACAUCAGAAACGUCCCAUGAGAAUCUGAGUUCUCACAGUGACCUUUCUGCCAGCAGCGACAGCCUGUCUGAAAACAAGGAAAAAAACCAAUGGUACAGCGGGAUGUUAAAGAAGAGGUGGAAACCAACAGAAAGUCUUCAAACUGAUCAGGACAAUAAAGCAGACAGUAAUUCUGAAGACCUAGAAGAAGAGGAGAAAACAUCAGAGAUGUCUCAUGAAAAGGGAAGCUACUUGUUUGGUUUCCUUAAAAAGCCAAAAAAAACAGCCGCUGAGACGCCAACGCAGGAGAAUCUGAUUGCCCACUGUGAGCUUUCUGCCAGCAGCGACAGCCUGUCUAAAAACAAGGACCAGCAGUCCCUGCAUGGUGACUUACCCAACUCCAAUGAUGAUCUGACUGUAGCCCAGUCAAAGGAGUUGGUGGUAAAUACUGAGGCUCAGUUAUCUGCCAGCUGUGAGAAUGUGAAUGACAACACCGUCACAAAGCAGAAAAAAGGAGGCCUGGCUAAAAUUUUAAAAAGAUCCGGCAGCAUUGACAACCUGUUGGAUGAGGGGGAAAAACAUUUCAGUGAGAUGUUCAAGAGAGCUCCAAAACCAGCAAAUGAGGAAACAAACACAGAUGAAGAACAGAAAUUAUCAACCAGCGAUGAAAACCUGUCAGAAGCAAACACAGCAACGGAAAAAGCAGGAGGAUUGGCAGGAUUCUUCAAAAAGUCUCCCAAACCAGCUCCACGCUCUGUCGCUACUCAGGAUCCCCUCUCGAGGCAGCUGUCAGCCAGCUGUGACAGCCUCACAGAUGCAGGAAAGGAGGCGGCUUUGGCAAACAGUCAGCUGUCUGCCAGUAAUGACAAUCUUUUAGAAGCUUCAAGCACCUCAAAGGAGAAAAAAGUCGUCUUCUCCGGGAUCACUGGGAUGUUCAGAAGGACGCCCAAAACUGAGGAGCAACAGGAAGAUGAGGACAUGGAGGCUCCAGCAGGAGGCGGGCUGAGACGCAAGAGGACCAUCAAAAAGAAAAGACGAGUUGUGUCAUUCCGAGUUAAGAAAACUCUUCCUAACAUUCCCAAACUUGGCCUGGCUUCUCAGACUUCAGAUGAAAUGCCUUGCAUUGAGGAGACUCUCGAGUUGCAGGAGAUGAGCCCAGCACAGGAGAGCACAGUGGAGGUUCAGCCGGUGGAGAUGGCUGCUUAUCCGACUGAGGAAAACCCAGUCGAACCUGAGCCGGAAGAGGAUGAGCUUUUGGAGUGGUGGAACACAGUCAAAGGUUGGAAGGAGUGGAAUGAGACUUCUGAUUUCCGGGCAGAGGAUGAGGAAAUGGCGAUGGAGCAGGCAGCCGACCGCGUCUACAUGGCAGCCCGUCUUUUCGUGCGUCUUUUCAACCAGCGCGGGGCGUCCUUACAGCAUCGCAUCCUGGAGCUUUUGGCUAUGGCGGAUGCUGCGGAUGAGUUCCAUAAGAAGACUGUGUCGGCCGCUGUGGGCGGAGGCGUGGCCAGCGUCGCGGGUAGCGUCACCACAAUCACAGGCCUCAUUCUGGCGCCUUUCACUUUUGGCGCCUCUAUUAUUGUGACAGCAGUGGGGAUCGGUGUGGCGACGGCAGGCAGCAUCACGUCAGCGACGGCUAAAAUCACAGAUACGGUCCACUCCAACAUGGACCGUAAGAAGAUGGAGAAAAUGAUCCAGGGCUACCAGGAGGAGAUCAAAGUCCUCAGAGAGUGCAUGGAGUUUGUGCAGAAAGGUCUUGACACCCUGCAGGAGUGGGAUUUUGAGAAAUACGCUCAAAGUGCUGCCAAAAAAGCUAUGAACCACAACAUUAAACACGUGAUGAAAGAGGGAGGCCGCGCGGGAAAAGCCCUGAUGAUCAACACCAACCAGCUCGUCAGCACCGUGCAGGUUUUAGGUAGGGCAGGCGGCAUAGCCAAGGCCGCUCAGGCCAUCAGCGUCACCACAGGCGUCAUGUCGGCACUCUUUUUGGCUUUGGAUGUUUUCUUCCUCGCUAAAGACUCUCAUGAGCUUCGCAAGGGUGCCAAAACCAAAUUUGCCACCAAGAUCAGAGAGGUAUGUAAAGACCUUCAAGAUGGCCUCCUGGAGCUCAACAGGGUGAAGACGCAGCUGCAGAAGACGAUGGACGGCAUUGAGGUGGAGGAGUUUGAGGAGGUUGAGGAGGUGGAAGUAGAGGUUGAGGACGACUUGGUGUCUGAUCCAAAGAAGCUGGCUGAGCUGGAGCAGGAGCUGGACCUCCUGGAGGAGAAAGUGGACAAGAAGGUUGUAGAGGUUGAGAAGAAGGGUAAAGAAAUGGAGAAGGAAAAUUCAAAAAUUAAAAAGGUGAAGAAAGAGGAGAAGAGCAUAAAAGAAAAAGAUGAGAAGGAGAAAAAGGAGAAGAGCUUGAAAGGAAAAGAUGAAGAAAAGGAGAAAAAACAGGAGGACAGUAACGACAAAGACAAAGAGAAAUGCAAGUCCAAAGAAAAGAUGCCCGAUGAGGAAAAAGAGGAGAAAAACAAGGCAAGUGGCAAAACUGCCAAAGAAGUCCUGAAACAACAGUCUCAGAAAGAAAGCAAACAAGACAAAAACACCAAAAACAGAAUAACAGCUGGAAAUGACAACUGUAAUGGUAAGGUCAGCAAGAUAAACGAUGAUAUUGGUAAAAAUAAAACAACAGAGAAAGAGAAACAUAAAAGUAGAAAAGAGCAGGAGGAAGUGAAGAGCAGAUCAGAGGGCAGCAAAAGUGAGCGAGUGAAACCUGAGAGAGGAAGUGAAAGGAGAAGAAGCAGCAGGGAUGAUGAAGGAGAAAGGAAGCCACCUGAAAGUACAUCUGUAAAAACAGGGGACAGCAGUAAGAGGAGACAUAGCAGCAGCAGUGAGAAAGGGGUAGAAAGAGGAGGUGAACAUCUAAAUAGAGGAACUGGCGAAGAAAGGCAAAGCAGGAAAGGGAGCGAGGAGGAUAGAGGAGUGAAGGACUGGAGAGCUGAAAUGGCAAAAAAUAGAGAAGAAAAGAGACAAGGUCAGGAGACUGAGAACAGGAAGGAGUCGCACCAAGAUCACGAAAUAUCAUCAACGAAGAGGAGAGGGUCAGAAAGAGAGUUAGGAGGCAGCAGAGAGUAUUCAAAGAGGAGCCACCACAAGAGGGAGCACAGGGAGAGGGGAGAUGAGAAGCAUGGGAGCAGGGUGGAGAGUGCAAGGAGGCAGUUUGAGAGGGCAGGAGGUGAGGGAGGUGACACAAAGGCAAAAAGAAAAGACGAUGGAGAGAGUCAGAGGAGUAACAGAGAGAGGAGAGGAAGUGAAAGAGGGAGAGAGCAUGAACACAGCCAACCAGGACAACGAGCUCGUGCCAAAGCUCUCCUGCGAGACGGACUGGACAUUUAAUUCUAACAUCUACCGCCUUACCAACAAAAACAUACAGUGUGUUACUUCAACAAGAAAAUCCACUGCAUCUACGGUUUCUCACAGUACUGCAGUAAACCAGUGAUAGCUGUGUGUACAUGGAGGCGUACAUUACAAACAGGAGCAGCAGAAGGCUAACUGAACUCCUUUUAAUGACGCAGAUACAAGGAUGAAACAGUAGCACUACUGGGGUGGGGGGUAGGGGUUGUCCCACUUCUGACCUGAUGCUCUGUGAGGAGCUUCAAGUUGAAAGUCAGGACAGUUUGAAAAAGAAGCUGAUUUUUGUCAUUUGACAAUAAGACAGUGAUGUAGGGACGCCAGCAGCAGUGUUGUGAGCUGUCCAGAGAUGCAUUAGAAUAUCGUCUUGAAAUUUUUUAGCAUAUUUGGUUUUUGAUUUUUGACUCCCAGAACGUCUUGAUUACACCUCUUACAAAUGUGAUGAGUACGGGUGUCUUCAUGGGAUUUGUGUGAUCCACAGAUGAUAACUCUAAUGACUUUGAUGCCUUCAGCACGACUGUUGGGUCAAAGGUAAAACUUUAUUGUAUCAGAGGAAAAUUUACCUUCUGCUACUGUGCAGUGCUAAAAAUAACUCGACAUACAACAUAUAAAUACCCCAAUAAAACAUGGCAAAUGCAAAAACAAUAAAUAAAUAAAUAAAAUCAACACUAACAUCACUUCACAUGGAAUCAAAUCAAUUAUGACACCUGAGAAUACAAGUAAAUCUGCUAAAUUAGAAUUAGAAGUUAUCAUUAGACAGUUAUCAGUAAAAAUAAUAAUAACCAACCGCUGCUAAGCCUUUGGCAUACUGACACACUACAUAAUACAGUGACGAUUAGCGUGCUAAUGUUUGCAAUAGGUUCAAACUCUGAAUUUAGUCUCUCUGUUUCACUCAUUUGCUUCUCCCUUUGAGUGGGAAAAUGUAAGGGGGUCUAUCUGCAAACACUGUGAGACACGACACUAAGACUUCCUAUGAAUCAUUGCAUUUGGAGGGGCAGAUGUUUUAAGGUCCUGCCAUACAGUCAACCUGCAGAAUGACUCUUGCAAAAGCUUUCAGUGCGUUGUGGCAUGAUUAGCAGAAAGUAGUCUACAGGCCAUCGGCACUUUCUAGUCGACUAACUAAUGCACUAAAAUGGAUAAUAGUAAAAAUAAGUAAGGGGAGGGUAAUACAUUUAAGAUGUGGCUGAAGUCACUCUGUAACAUUUCUGCAGCUGAAUAAUAAGCAUGUCAAUGGCUGGAUUUGGUGAGUCGGGAUGAUUUGCAGCCCGUGCUAUACCUACCCGUUUUAUUUUCCACAGCUUCAGAGACACUACAUUUAGAUGUUUUAUGUAUGUUUUGCAAUUGCAGUAUUUGUAUGUGAUGGGUUUGUAGCUUAAACCUAUUCGCUGGAACGUUCAAGACAAUUUAACUACACAGCAAAGCAAGACACGAGUAGGCAAAGUUCUUUAUGUUUCUCGUGCACGGGA